AUGUUAUAUGGUAUAUGCCGUGCAGGAAAAAGUAUCAAGGUUACACCUGCAGCGUGCCCACUGAAUUUGACGGACCAAAGUUAUAUUUCUGUCAAGCCUUUGUUUAACUUAGAAUUUUUAUUCCCUGCUUUAGUCAGUUCUUCCACAGCUUCUUUGUUCUUGAUGUUUUGGGAAGAGGAGAAAAAACUAGGCGAAACAAGGGACGAAACUAUCGAAUCCUAUGUCUGCUCAAAUAGAUUGAAGGAUAUCCUAGAACUUCCAUAUACAUUACAGGAGUUAUGGGGAGGAAACAGACAGUUAAUAGAUUAUUUCUGUCGUGAUGAUGUGCUCAAAGAGUUGGCCAAUACAGCUCUUCGCCCGAAAAUUGACGAUUCGCAGCCAAUCAAAACUCAGUACAAGCUUUCAAACGCUUGCAUGGAAAUCUUGACCUUGCGAAACAACAACGAAAUCACGGACGCAUUCCUUGAAAGCGAUGAGGCCAUGAAACCCGUAAAAGAUUUUUUCGUUGAUAAUCCCUCUAGAAAUCAUCUAGUUUGUGGAUUUUUCAUGCGAAUUGUCCAGCAUCUGUUCCAUAGAUCUCUUAGCAAGACAUUGGAUAUCUUGUCUUCAUGUGACUUUAUAUCUAACUGCGCAUCUAAUUUACGAAUGGGUGCAAUAAGCGAGUUGCUUCAAAACAUAGUCUGGAUUCCAGAGAUUGCUGAUGAUUUUUUGAAAAUCAAAGAGUGGUACGUGAAGGAAGGUUUGUGCAUGAAAAUAGUGGACCUGCUAGAUCCCAGUCAAGCUGUGUGUGUGCACGAGAACGUGAUGGAAUUAUACACAAAUUUAGUUCGAAACACCAGAGAUCAGAUGUAUGCGUUAGAUGUAAAAACCGAUGUUUUGAAUGACGAAUUGCAGUCGGAAAAUCUGAUGUCUAUAUUGAUGAAAAAGAUUUUCUUGCGGGAUGAAAAUGGAGCUGUGAAUUCAUCUGUAACGCGUAAUAUCUGCGAAAUACUCAUCUGCCUUCUAAGCUCCAACCAUAUUCUUUUUCGACCAAGUCACACCUUGUACAAAGAGUUCAACGGUGAAAUUCAAUGGGUUGGAGGAAAUCCGUCGGCAGCGCUUGGACAAAGCGAAGGAUCGAAGGAGGCCGAAGAAAGGUUAUGGUGUCCUGACUCCUCCCGAAUCACAGAGACGGUUGUAGCAAGCUACACGGGCGAACUAAUAAAUUUGGUUGUUGAGGAGUUGAAGGCGAAUAUUGAUCCUGUUGAUGAGACCUGGUAUUAUAUUCUGCGUUUAAUUGUGGAGUUGUGUGACACAAACCAUCUGCCUACGCAUGAAACACUUGCAGAACAACUCGAGAAAUGUGAUAUUAAAGAGUUGUUCCUGUCUGUCUGGCAUCAUCCACGAUGUUCUGUUCUUCAUGGAUUGAUACAAAGGAUUGUAUCCUUCAUCUUAUUCUCGGUGAUGGAUAAGCCUUCUCCACUUAUUGCUCAUUUAUUUAAAAAAGUAAAUCUCUUGGAAAUGUUGCGCCACGGUGUCGAUCCUCAGUGUGUUCUUCCGAAAAUUGAUCUGUAUUCGCUUCGAACACACCAUGUCCAUAUAGCGCUGGCUAUCGAGCAAGCAAGAAAAACUUCAACGAACAAGGAAACAAUUGAGGAGCUCAUAGAGGGUUGCACAUUCUGGAAGGAAGUUGUAACUAAGGUUGAUGAAUGGCUGACCUGGAAUCUUCCGGAUCCCGAUGUAGCUAAUGUUCGGCCAUCUCUACAUCAUGAGAAUAUUGGAGAAGUAAUGGAUGAUUUCGAGCGCCAGAUUGGAGCAACUCAACAACAUGUCCUGCACGAGUUCAAAACUCAAACCGUUUGUGUCCCUAUGACGGAUGUGUUUGAUACAGCGCUAGGAGAGCUACCAGUAACCUCGGAGACCAAAGGAUUUUCAGUCCACGGGAUACAUGUGCGUAGUGUGGAUAUGGAUCUGGAAGAGAACGAUGUAGAUGAGAGCAAAUUUGAGGAGGUGUGCGCCCCGAAGAAAUGCACGCUCCUAGACGACUGGCCGCAAGUAAAUGCCGACAAAUCAGCUGGCGACAACUGGACUGGAGUGAAGAAGUCAAAUGGAGAAGCUGCUUUUGAUUGGCUGGAUAAUUCUAAGAACUCGAAAUUCAAUGAUGCUAAUAGUUUCCCGGUUCAGUGGAAUGAGAUGCCAACUAAAGGAAAUGGUUCAGACGCAGAUGAUUGGGCUUGCUUUCCACAAGAUAGCAGUACCCCAAAGAAAUCUGAAGAUGAAGAUGAAUGGGCUGAUUUUUCGACGAUGAAGAACAACCGUAGUCUUGCGUCGGACAGAUAUAGUGACUGGCCUGGAGCUGAUUCAGAGAACACAACUUGGUCGAGCUCGAAGGAAACUGAAACAGCGGAUCCUGUUUUGGCUGGAUUUGCGUCUGGGGUUAUAAAUUCUUUGGACGAAAACUCAUCAGCAUCAGCGAAUCAGAGCGACAAGUGGUUGCGAUCGAGGUGGAAAACUGCUCUACUCCACCCGGCUGUCGAGAUGUCAUCGAAAAGAAAAGUGUUGUUGAUGGGCAAGAGCGGAUCAGGAAAGACAAGCAUGCGUUCCAUCAUAUUUGCCAAUUAUAUUGCACGUGACACGUCCAGAUUAGGACCAACUAUGGAGGUGGAACACGCGCAUGUCCGAUUCCUUGGAAAUCUUGUUUUGCAUUUGUGGGACUGUGGUGGACAGGAAACGUUCAUGAACAACUAUCUUACUUCACAAAAAGAUCAAAUAUUCAAGAAUGUACAGGUGUUAAUUUAUGUUUUCGACGUCGAAAGUAGAGAAUUCGAAAAGGAUCUCGGUUAUUACCAAUCUUGUCUUGAAGCGCUUUUACACAACUCACCCAAUGCUCAGGUGUUCUGCCUUAUCCAUAAAAUGGAUCUUAUUGAAGUUGAUCAUCGAGAUAAGACGUUUGAAGACCGAGCAGCCCUCGUACUAAAAUUCAGUGAGUUAGCUGCAGGCGCAGACCGUGUGAACGCCGUUUGUCAAUGCUUCCGUAGUAGCAUAUGGGACGAAACGUUAUACAAGGCAUGGUCAGCAAUUGUAUAUAAACUGAUUCCAAACGUUAGCAUAAUGGAGCAAAAGUUGAAACAGUUUGCUGCCAUACUUGAUGCUGACGAAGUCAUGCUUUUCGAAAGAGCAACAUUUCUUGUGAUUGCUCACGCGGAAAUGACGGAGCAUCGUGAUAUGCAUAGAUUUGAGAAAGUCUCUAAUAUUAUUAAGCAGUUCAAGCUCAGUUGUAGCAAAAUGGGCUCACAAUUCGAGUACAUGCAUGUAAGGAAUAGCCGUUUCGCUGCAUUUAUUGAUGCAUUCACUCCGAACACCUUUAUAAUGAGUCGAAGUAGCUUAUUAUUAAGUAAAUGCCAACGCCGUCGGCGUCGUUUAUCCACAAACAGUCUCAUUUUGAGUUUCAGGGAUUCACCACUAGGGCUGUCACGCUCAUUGGAACCACUCAAAAACUGCUGCUUUGACGUAUGCAAUUCCAUUAAUAUGCGGGUUCAAAUUGUACAGGCUAUGAUUGUAACUAUUCCUUCAACUUUUCUGGAUUACUGA